AUGACGAGGCGAGUCGGAAUGCAGUGGGUAUCAAUAUCAUUGCUGUUAUGCUGUGGGUUCGUUCAAGUGAGCACUGAUGGAACCGUAUUCUUGGAACGAGGCCACCGAGGGAUCGUUCCCUGUCCUCUCGUAGAAUCCUGCCAAAUUCCGAUUGGAGACAUCUUAGCGAUGUACUGGUUCUAUGGCUCAACAAGCGACACCUCCCUGCUCAUCUCCUACUUCAUUGGAAAAGUGGCUCCCCAAAACGGGAUCCCACAGGGCGUCUAUGAUAUCGACAAUGAGUUCAGUCUCGUCAUUGAGAACGUCACCGCCUUCAAUGAGGGAACCUACUACUUUCAGGUCAAACCGCGUUUGAAAGUGGUAGAAUCAGGAAGCGUAGAGGUCUGUGACAAGGUCUCCCCAAGUCGUCCAUAUCCUACCGUCAUCGGCUGCAAUCAAGACCACGAUGCAGACACGUGCGAGGUGAGAGUACGACACGACAGCACGGUGCAUAACCUGACCUGCGUCAUGGAGCAGGUCAAACCUGCCGUGCAAUUGGGGUGGAUCCGUCUGUUUUUGGGCGGGCAGACGGAACUCAAUGCCUCCACGACAGUCGGGCCUGUAGUUCUACCGGCCUACACGGGGUCGUCGUUGAGGAACAACACCUAUUCAACUUCAGCAUCAGUCCAAGUGGCAGCAGUUGACGAUGAGGAAGUCUACGAGUGUGAGGCAAUGGGUAUUGCAAUAGGAAGCAGUACACGCACGAGGGUGCGCCUUACCAAAACUUACCCUACAACGGCAACUUAUGACACAACGGCAACUGACAAUGAAAUGCAGUCCUCCAAUAAUCCAGGAACAACGCUUGUUUUGAUGGACGAGGUAACACCACCUGCCUUCCCAUUUACCCUGAGGCUUGCUCUGACGAUUACCAUAUUGGUAGUGCUAUUUAUCGCAGUCAUCUUUGAUGUUAUUUUACGUGGAUUAGUCCUAGCAAGCACUGAUGGAACCGUGUUCUUGGAACGAGGCCAACGUGGGAUCGUUUCCUGUCCUCUCGUUGAAUCCUGCCAAAUUCUUGGAGACAUCUUAGCGACGUACUGGCACUAUGGCUCAACGAGCGGCACAUCCCUGCUCAUCUCGUACUUCUUGGGAAGAGUGGCUCCCCAAAACGGGAUCCCAGAGGGCGUCUAUGAUAUCGACGAUGAGUUCAAUCUCAUCAUUGAGAACGUCAUCAACUCCAAUGACGGAACCUACUACUUUCAGGUUUUAGUGGCUGAAUUCUUGCUGAAUUAA